AUGAGUCAUGACAUGCAGAAAUCAGGUGAAAGCUUGGAAAACAUAAAACUACUAUUAAAUUCUAAGUCGGGGGAGCCAGCCAAGUCACUUACUAGUGCACAGUCAAAAACAUGCUAUCGUAGGCUAGUCGAUAAUGAAAAUUUGAAUGAAACAAGUGAUGAAUAUGAAAAGUUAUUGGCAAAUUAUAUUCUCCUCUGUGAUGAAAAAUACCUAUGUAGAACAGUAAUUCCAGAUUUCCAAUUUUGGAAUAUAUUGUGUAAUAAUUGUCAAAAGUUAAUGCCAGAAACAUUGGUAUCGAAUCUCACUAAACUUUUUAAUGUAGCCCUCAAAUGCCAAGAUUCCAAUAAAAAUGAAGCUAUUGUGAGUAUCUGCCAUGUCUCCAAAGAGAAUCCUCAGCUCAUAGGAAUACUUUUACUAAUUCUGUCACAAAGACCUAUUCAGAAAUCGUUGUUUGCGGACACUAUACUGUGCAUAACCCUAUUUCUAAAAUGUUCGCUUACAUUAUGUGAAACAUCACUAUCACACGCCGUAGAAUUCGUACCUGCAAUUCUCAUUUUGCUAUUUCAGUACAACUUUCCAGCUUCCAUGUCUGAACUACUUUACAUAGAAGAGUUCCAACCACUAAUCCUAGAAGAAUUUGUACCGUUAAAGCAGAGACUAAUAAAUUUUCUAUCGUCGGUUAAUAUUGACGAUUAUUCCUGCUCCCUUAGAGGUGAUCUUCUUAGGGCCAUCAAAGAUAAUUCCGUAUUUCAAAAGGGACUAGAAAUGGAAAUGGGCGAUCUUCCUAGUAUAAAUUUGUUAAAUGCAUAUGACACUUUCACAUUCUUAAACAGUGCUAAUGGCUCAUUCAAGAGACUUUACACCGAACAAUUGUUAUUUGGCGAGAACGAUUUCCCCCUUUAUGAAGCAAUAUUCAAAUUAUCAGAUCAAUUUAGAAGACUUUUCAAUCUAAGUGGGAAAAAAGAGAAUCCAUAUUCAGACUCAGAAUGCGAUUUAAAACUACAAAUUGCCACCGCUGUUCUGAAUCGACAAACAUGUUUUUACAAGACACUCGAGUUGUUUUUAAGAUUUUGGAUAGAAUCAUUAGCAAAAUCCCAAAAUGAUUUGAUUUCACUAUUAAAUUUAGCUAUUAUCACUCUAAAAUAUGUUUGUUUGUCAUCGAGUGAUUUGGAAUCUGCAAUACAAACCAAAUCACUCCUUAAGACUCAAGUUUUUGCACUUGACUCUAUGAGUUAUAAAUUCGCAAGAACAUUACAGUUGGACACAAUAAAAAAAGAACAGUACCGAACUUGGUCUUCUAGUAUUGCCAGCUUCGAUACCAUGCUAUCGGGCCAGGUUCAUGAUUACGUUCGUCAUCAAAGACUUCUUCAAUUGCAAAAGGGAACGUGGGUUUACGCAGAAAACCCGUUAGAUCCUGAAGCUGGGACGCCAAAAGUCUACUUUCUCAUAGUUUCAGAUAACCAUGCAAGUUUAUUGGCCAGAGAAUUCGAAACCCAAACAAGUGAAUUACCCUAUCUAUUUGAUAAUAAAAUCUUGACAAGUCCAGGUUCUGAGGCCUUGGCUAACGGCAGAACGAAAGUUGUUGUUUUGAAACAUAUAACCUCUUUUAAAAGCAUAGAACUCACUACACCGAGUCGUCGGACAGGUAAUAACGUUUACAUCAAAUUAGAUGAAACCAAUGUGUACACUGAAGUUGAAUUAAAAGAUCGUAACGACAGGACAGUUUUGAAGUUUUAUUUAGACACAGAAGAAGGCAAGUAUAUAUGGCUGGACGGAUUGAAAUUGAUAUCUCCAUCCCAGCAUGAAGAUAUAUCUGAAGACACGAAAGAACAAAUAGACACAUUAUUUGAUUUGAGGAAAAACGUUCAGAUGAUAAAUUUGAACGUUCAUCAGGAUAUUAUAGUGCCUCCACCCGAACCAAGCGAUGAGAAUGAAGAUGAAGAAUUUUAUGACUUGGAAACACUAAAGAAAGUAACCCAAAAUUUUUAUUUUGAUUAG